AUGCAGUUGCAGGCUCUCGCCGGUUUCCUACUUCUCGGCUCGCCAGCGCUGGCAGCUCCGACCGCUACAAGUCCUCCAACUACGAGCUCACUGGGACGGCUGCGCGCAUUGAACUACAAUAACCUCGGCCCUGAGAACAAUGGGACUGCAGCGGUACUCGUCUACGACGAAUUGUCUCAGACAGAGGCACAAGCACGCUGUGCUGCCAUUGGGGAGAACCUCUACCCACUCGAGUCUGCCCCUCAGUCUGAGCGCUCUGAGAUAGACUACCAGCUAGCCUACCUCGUCUUUUCAGGAGAUGUUCAUCCAGACAGCCGUUUCUGGGUAGCCCCUGAUGGCUCAUCGAAGGAGUGUCAAGCGUAUUCUCAAGGACAAAAGCGGCUGGUGUCGGCAUCGUGCAGCUCCAAGCUCCCCGUCAUAUGCACAUCUAGUGUCCCACCAACCACCGACAAAGACAGAACCGCCGUCGCCUCAUCCAAGAUCACCGUCAAAGCAGAGAACUACACUCUGACGGGAUAUCGCGACGCACGAUCGUUUCGGUUCCUUGGUGUUCCUUUCGCAGAUGCCCCGGUGAACGAGUUGCGCUUUGCUCCUCCAAAACCGUUCUCUGGCCCCAAGAAACGCGAUGCAACCAAAGUGGCCGAUAGCUGUGUCCAAGCCCUGUCAGCCUUUGGAACACUGGGGAAUGGAGGCAUUUCCGAAGACUGUCUUUACCUCAAUGUUUUUACACCCAUCUUGCCUGCGGGUUCCAACGAUAACUCAACCCGCAAGCCUGUCGCCGUGUAUUUCUACGGCGGUGCGUUCGUCAGUGGCAGCGCGUCUAUGAUUGACUACGACGGUGGAAACUUCGCCAGUCGUAACGAUGUCGUGGUCGUCACGGUCAACUAUCGAGUAGGAGCAUUGGGUUGGUUGACAACUGGCAACCUCACAACCGGAAACUACGGUACAAGAGACCAGAUCCUCGCGCUGAAAUGGGUCAACAGACAUAUCGCAGCAUUCGGUGGAGAUCCAUCCCAGGUCACCAUCUUCGGGCAGUCCGCCGGCGGCCAGAGCGUUGUCGCACUACUCUCCUCAACCUCCGCGCGAGGUCUUUUCUCCGGAGCCAUCGCUCAAUCCGCACCGGUAGACUUACCCUGGUUCACGCGCGAAGUCUACGCAGACGCCAUUGUACCAGAACUAUCCAAGGCCGUCGGCUGCAACCAAACCACGUCCGAGAAGGAGCUCCUAUCCUGCCUGCGAUCCGUCCCCGAAACCAAAUUCAUCAGUAACACCACAGAAUUCAAACAAGCACAGGCGGCUUGGACCAAGACCCUCGCCUCGGACUACCUCCACGUCAGCCAGCUCCUCGCCGCCAUCGAGCCGCUGAUGCCCAUAGUCGACCCUCACGGUGGGGUAAUCGACGACCAAUUCCACAAACUCCUCGCCAGCGAACGCCUCCCCAAUCGCGUCCCGACCAUGUUCACAACGGUCACCGACGAAGCCUCCCUUUACGUGGCGCAAUCGGUACCGGCCCUCGGCGCAAGCCAAACGGCCCUCAACACGGUGUUCAAGGCCGCCUUCCCCGCCAAACUGGCCGAAUCGCUCAUCAGCUCCAACGCCUUCCCUAUCAACAUGUCAGACCCAGACAGCACGCGCAAUGUCGCCGCCGACGCUCUAACCCACAGCGAAUGGAGCUGCGCACAGUCCUACCUCCUCCGCAAAGGCGGCGACCGUGUCUUCCCCCAGCUCUACGAAGUCGAGCUCACACGAGGCCACAUCCAGACCAACGUCUCUGUGCCAGAGAUCUGCUCCCCGAACAACAACUACAACGCCAGCUGCCACGCCUCAGACGUGCUCCCCGUCUGGGGAACCCUCAACAGCAAGACCCGCAACGUUGACCCCUACUACGAUCAGGAUGACAUCCUGCAUUCGCAGCUACUGAAUGAUAUCUUCGGCUCAUUCUUCCGCUCUCGCAACCCCAACCCGGACCAGGCCUUCUUACAGGUCCGUGGCCCGGCCUAUGCGUCUACGUAUGAUAUCUUCGUGACGAACGGGUACCGGGUGCCUGAGUAUCGGCCUGAGCAGCGGAAUGUCAGUUUGUUGGGCAUGCCGCCUUCUUGGAUCGAUAAUCCCGGUCUGUCGAGGAAGUGUGCCGUCUUUGAGGAUUACGGGUUUACGUUUCAGAAUGCCAACUUUACGGCUUAA